CCCUUCCCCCAUGAAUAGAAUAAUUUGGUUGAAUAUUGGCUAUUCUUGUUACUUGAUCUGAAGGCACAAUAGCUAAUUUACGACCAUAACUUCAUUUCUGCUAUUUCCUAGUUAACAUGGAGAUGGUCGAAUCAUUUGUGUUUGAUGUUGCUAAUUCACUGUUAGGGAAACUUGCUUCUUAUGCUUAUGAAGAAGCCUCUCGUGCCUACGGUGUAUAUGAAGAUCUCCAACGGAUCAAAGAUACUCUAUCAAUUGUCAGAGGUCUACUGCUAGAUGCUGAGGAGAAGAAGAACCGGCAACAUGCCUUGUGUGAAUGGUUAAGGCAGAUUCAAAACAUCUGCUAUGAUGCUGAAGAUGUAUUGGAUGGAUUUGAGUUGCAAGACAGGAGAAAGCAAUUUGUUGAAGCUUCUGGAAGCACACGGUUGAAGGUAUGCCACUUCUUUUCUUCCUCUAAUCCGCUUGCUUUCCGUUUUAGGAUGUCACGUCAAAUCAAAGAGAUUAGAGAUAGAUUGGAUAAAGUGGCAGCUGAUGGGACCAAGUUUGGACUUGUGAGAAUUCAUGUUGAGCCCGGACUUUCUGUGCACAAUAGAGAAAUCACCUAUUCCCAUAUUGAUGUUUCAAGUGUUAUAGGAAGGGAGAAUGACAAGGAAGCAAUUAUCGAGCUUUUGAUGGAUUCCGAUCCUCAAGGUUAUGGAAAUGGUCAUAGAAGUUUAUGUGUUAUUCCCAUAGUGGGAAUUGGAGGAUUGGGGAAGACCACACUUGCAAAAUUGGUGUACAAUGAUAAGAGGAUAGAUGAAGUUUUUCAAUUGAAGAUGUGGGCAUGUGUCUCUGUUGAUUUUGAUAUAAGACAGAUCGUUAUCAAAAUUAUCAACUCCGUUUUUGCUUCAGCUGCACCAAGUGUUCCUAUUGCUCCCCAAGAAGAUAGUAACCACUGUGACAUUGAGCAACUACAAAUUCAUCUAAGACGUAAACUAUCUGGCCAAAAGUUUAUCCUCGUGCUAGAUGAUGUAUGGAAUGAUGAUCGUGCAAAAUGGAUUGAGUUGGAAGAUUUGAUCAAAGUUGGUGCAGUAGGAAGUAAAAUUAUAGUGACCACACGUAGCAACUCAGUUGCUUCCAUGAUGGGUACUGUUCCUUCGUAUGUUUUGGAAGGUCUUUCGUUAGAGGAUUGUUUGUCUCUGUUUGUGAAAUGGGCAUUCAAGGAUGGAGAAGAAGAAAAAUAUCCAAAUCUAGUGGAGAUUGGAAAAGAAAUUGUGAAAAAAUGUGCUGGAGUUCCGCUGGCUGUGAGAACGGUAGGAAGUUCUCUGUUCUCAAAAUUUGAUUUAGAUAAGUGGUUAUUUGUAAGAGACCAUGAGAUAUGGAAUUUAGAACAGAAGAAAGAUGAUAUUUUACCUGCUUUAAAAUUAAGCUAUGAUCAAAUGCCAUCAUAUCUGAGACAAUGUUUUGCUUGUUUUUCCUUGUAUCCCAAAGACUAUACCUUUAAUAUCGUUGAAAUGACUAUUUUGUGGAUACCCCUUGGAUUAGUUCAACCCAUAAAUGGAAGUGAAAAGCUAGAGCAUAUUGCCAGAGAAUAUGUACAUGAGUUACAUUCACGAUCAUUGCUUCAGGAUUUCAAGGACUUUGGGUACAUUUGUGAGUUCAGAGUGCAUGAUUUGAUACAUGAUCUUGCAAUGUAUGUUGCAAAAGAGGAGUUUGUAAUGGUAGUAUCUCGUACACGAAAUAUAUCUGAACAAGCAAAGCAUUUAUCAAUUGUUGAAAAGGAUUCUCUUGACAAAGUUUUGUUUCCCAAGUCCAAAAGUGUAAGAACUAUUUUAUUUCCUGUCGAAGGAGUGGGCCUUGACAAUGAAACAUUGGUGCAUACGUGGGUAUCAAAAUAUAAAUACUUGCGAUAUGUAGAUUUUAACGAUUCUUUGUUUGAGACUCUGCCUAAGUCAAUUGCAAAGGUGGAGCACCUGCGUGUUCUCGGUCUCAAGAAUAACAGCAAAAUCAAAAAACUUCCUCAUUCUAUUUUUAAACUCUAUAAUUUGCAAGUCUUGAUACUCAGUGGAUGCACAGAGCUUGAAACAUUGCCAAGAGGAUUAGGAAAGAUGGUCAGCCUUCAACAUUUGUUUAUAACCACCAAACAAUCAGUUCUGUCAUUAACUGAAUUUAUUAACUUGAAGCAUCUUCAGGUUUUGGCAUUUAAUCAUUGUAAAAAUAUGAAGUUUUUAUUCAGUAGGGCACACCAACUCAUUUCACUGGAAACAUUGUCUUUGUAUAAAUGUGGGAGCCUAGAAACCUUACCUCUUUAUAUUUUUCCAAAUUUACAAACUUUAAUAAUUAUAGACUGCAAGAUGUUAGAUUUGUCGUUGAACAACGAAAGCCCAAUCCAAAAAUUGAGGUUGAAACAUUUGUUUAUUAGGGAUUUUCCAGGGCUUUUGACAUUGCCUGGUUGGAUUGAAGGUGCUGCAGAAACUUUAGAGACCUUGUUGAUUUAUGAACUUCCUAAUCUAAAGACGCUUUCUCAGCGUCUGACAACAUUGACUCAUCUUAAAAGGCUACAUAUUGUUGGUUGUCCUCAACUAAUUAGUCUUCCAAGUGACAUGUAUCACCUCACCGCCCUUGAAGAUUUGGUCAUAGAAGAUUGUCCUGAGUUGUGCCGAAAAUUUAAGCCACAAUCAGGUGAGUACUGGCCCAUGAUUUCUCACAUCAAAAGUGUUUUUAUUGGAAAAUAAAGAGAGCAGGAAGAGGAAUGAAGACAUCGACCUUGAAGGUAUGAUGAAGCUGGAGUUGAAAAAGGAUAAGCAAAUUUGAAUGGACAUUAGCAGUAUAAGAUUUGUGGGUUGAGAAGGUCCAGUAUUCAACAAGAUUCUCAAGAUGUUUCCAUCAGCACAUUUGUGGUAGCCAAAUAAUUGAAAAUUAUUAUUUUCUUUCAUCCUAUUUUUCCAAUUGAAAGAUAUACUUGUAUGAAAACCUAUCAUUUGCCAUUUGUUGAAUUUGAAGGUGAUUUAAUGGACCAUGCAUUUUAUUUGUUUCAA